UUUUGUUCAUUUCACAUGAGUAUUCUCUUGCCAAGUAGAGUCAUAUUGUGAGAGCCAGCAAGAUAGGUUAAACUGUCAGAGCGUGUCAAACUAUCACCGUUUGGCUAAAGUUUUCAAGGAGAAUCUAUUUCAAAAUGAAGACACGGUUUAACACUUACGAUCUUGUAUGUUCAGUAACUGAACUACAAAGACUCAUUGGCAUGCGUGUUAAUCAAAUAUAUGACAUAGACCACCGUACAUAUCUCAUACGUUUUCAACGUAGCGAAGAAAAAUGUGUACUUUUGCUGGAAUCUGGUAACAGAAUUCAUACCACAAAUUUUGAGUGGCCAAAGAAUAUUGCCCCUUCUGGUUUCUCCAUGAAGAUGCGUAAACAUCUUAAGAACAAGAGAUUAGAGAGUCUAAUGCAAGUCGGUACGGAUCGAAUAAUAAAAUUACAAUUUGGAACCGGUGAAGCUGCUUACCAUAUAAUUUUAGAGGUGUACGAUCGUGGUAAUAUAAUCCUUACUGAUUAUGAAAUGGUAAUUUUAAAUGUGUUAAGGCCUCACACAGAAGGAGAUAAGAUUAGAUUUGCAGUAAGAGAAAAAUAUCCAUUAGACAGAGCUCAUUCCACAACUAUGCCACCUAUAGAUGUUAUCCGUGAGCAUAUUCAGAAAGCUAAGGAGGGAGAUAGUCUUAAAAAAGUGUUAAAUCCUCUAUUAGAAUUUGGUUCGGCUGUGAUUGAUCAUGUUCUGCUCAAAGCAGGAUUCAAUCUUGGUUGCAAAAUUGGAAAAGAUUUCAAUGUCAUUGAAGAUAUGUCAAAAUUAACUCUAGCGCUCGACAAUGCGAAUAACAUGAUAAAUCUUGCAAAGAAAAAUGUAUCAAAAGGAUACAUUCUACAGAAAAAAGAAACGAAAGUGACUCAGGAUGGCAAGGAAGAUUUUAUAUUUGCUAAUAUCGAAUUUCAUCCUUUCUUGUUUGAACAAUACAAUAAUCAGCCAUACAAAGAAUUUGAUUCUUUUGAUGCCGCAGUAGAUGAAUAUUUCUCUAUGAUGGAAGGACAAAAGAUAGACUUGAAGGCAUUACAGCAGGAAAGAGAGGCUUUGCAAAAAUUAGAGAGAGUAAGAAAAGAUCACAAUCAGAGAUUGAUUACAUUAGAAAAGACACAGGAAUUAGAUAAACAAAAAGCAGAAUUGAUCUCAAGGAAUCAGGCUCUAGUGGAUAAUGCUAUACUAGCCAUACAAAGCGCCUUGGCAAAUCAGAUGUCUUGGCCGGAUAUUCAAGUUUUGUUAAAGGAAGCUCAAGCCAGGGGUGACUCAGUCGCUUCUGCUAUAAAACAAUUAAAAUUAGAAACAAAUCAUAUCGCUCUACUGUUGCACGAUCCUUACGAAGAUAGCGAUGAGGAAUCCGAGCUUAAACCAAUGAUUAUUGACAUAGAUUUAGCCCAUACAGCAUUCAGUAACGCCAAGAAAUAUUACAGUCAAAAAAAGUCAGCCGCGAAGAAGCAGCAAAAGACGAUAGAAUCGCAGGGGAAAGCUUUGAAGUCGGCGGAAAAGAAAACAAAGCAAACGUUGAAAGAAGUGCAAACCAUACAUACUAUUAAUAAAUUAAGGAAGACAUACUGGUUUGAAAAAUUUUAUUGGUUUAUUACAUCCGAAAAUUAUUUAGUGAUUGGAGGUAGAGAUCAACAACAAAACGAGUUGAUAGUGAAAAGAUAUUUAAAGGCUGGAGAUUUGUAUGUCCAUGCCGAUUUAACUGGUGCUAGUUCUGUCGUAAUAAAAAAUCCCAGUGGCAAUCCUGUACCGCCAAAAUCAUUAGCAGAAGCAGGUACAAUGGCUGUUGCAUACAGCAUAGCGUGGGAUUCGAAAGUAAUAGCUAGUGCAUGGUGGGUGCAUCAUGAUCAAGUAUCCAAGAGUGCACCUACUGGAGAAUAUCUUACUACUGGAUCCUUCAUGAUACGUGGGAAAAAAAACUAUCUGACACAAAGUCAAUUAAUUAUGGGAUUAGGCAUCAUGUUUCGUCUGGAGGACAGUUCUAUAGAACGACAUAAGGAUGAGAGGAGAGUGAAAACAAUAGAUGAGGAAAGUGAAAAAGCAGAUUCGAUAAUUGAAGAUGAUAAGGAAAUAGAAUUGGAAGGCGAUUCAGAUGAAGAUGAAAAUCUAGAGAACAAAAGCACAUUAAAUCCAAUUCAGGAGGAGGAUCCAGAGAAAUCAGAAUUUCAUAAUGAUAGUGCUAAGAAAGAUGUUCAUGAAGAAGACGAAGAAGACACAAAAUAUCAAUUUCCUGAUACACAAAUUAAAAUUGAUCUUUCAGGCCCAACGGUAAAACUACAUGUUGAUAAUAAUCAGCCCUUAAUACAAUUCCAAGAGGACACGAAAGAAAAUGUAAUUUACUUAGGAGAUGAUAAGCCUGUUAUAAUAAAUACAUCAAAAGAGAAACAUACAAAAACAAAACAAAAAAUUAAAAAUUCAAAAGAACCGGAAACAGAAAAAAUCGAAAAAAAUGAUAAUGAAAGUGAUAACAAAAAAGGAGAUCAACCAGUAUUAAAACGAGGACAAAAGGGGAAAUUAAAGAAAAUGAAAGAAAAGUAUAAGGAUCAGGAUGAGGAAGAUAGAAGACUUUCGAUGCUUGUUUUACAGUCGGCAGGUGCAGCCAAGGAAGACAAAAGAAAAAAUAGAGCUAAAGAUUCAUCAGGUCCAAAACAAGGAAAGAAAAAAACAAAUCCAAAACCAAACAUUCCACCACAAUCCACGCACAUGAUGGAUAAUGUUGAUGACGAAGACACGGGUCCAAUUCCUGAAGUCGAUAUGCUCGAUCAAUUAACAGGAAAACCUUUUUCAGAAGAUGAAUUAUUAUUUGCUGUUCCUGUGGUGGCACCUUAUAAUACAUUACAAAAUUACAAGUUCAAGGUAAAAUUGACACCUGGUAUUGGAAAAAGAGGCAAAGCUGCCAAAACAGCUAUAGCUGUAUUUCUCCGAGACAAAGAAAUUUCUUCACGUGAAAAAGACCUAUUAAAAGCAAUUAAAGAUGAGACAAUAGCUAGGAAUAUACCUGGAAAAGUGAAAAUAAGCGCCCCUCAAAUUCAAAAAUUAAAAAAAUAAUUGUCUGAAAAUGUUUUUUUCUUUUUCAAUUCAAAUAAUUGCUGGUACUUUAUUUACUUGCAAUGUGUGAAAUCUACUUGUUUAGAAACUUGUGCAUUUUCUUUUAAUUACGUACUUGCAUAUAAAUAUUAAUUGACAAAAAUAUAUUUUUAAAAUAAAAUAUUUACAAUUAGUAAUAAUUAUCAUAAACGUUCAAAUCCAAAGACCCAUUUGGAUAUAGUCAGUGGAUAUGUAUAAUAUGUAAAUAUGCACAAUCUUUUUAAGGCAGUUUAAUUUUAUAAUCAUUCAAUUAUAUUUUAAAACUUUAUUGCCUGGAAACAUGCAGAAAAAUGUUUGAUAUCUUAUGUGUUCAAUAAAUUAAAUUGAAACCCCCUAAACUGUUUUUUCUAUGAUGCUAUUAUAAUCUACGAAAUUAAAGAGCCUGUUAUACAAUGAAACAUUUUAUUAUUUAUUAUCACGGUAUUUUAAGUGCUCUGUAUUUCGGCACAUACAAAAAUAAACAUGGUUCAACAAUGUGCA